AUGAAAUAGUAAGUAAAUAAUAGAUUCAAAAAAUAAAAAUAAAAAAUGUGUUAAAUUAACUAAUAAAUAAAUAAGAAUAUAAAUAAAUAAAAGCAAAAUAAAAUAAAGAAAAAUAAAUCAAAUAAAAAGCUCAUAAAUAAGUAAAUUAAAAGAAUUAAUUAUUUAUUCAAAAAUAUCACAAUCCAAAUAAAAACUGUUUUUACCAUAAUUAAAGUGUCAAAUUUGAGAGUUUAGUGCACUUUCCUAAACUAGAACCAAGAUUUGAUGCACCAAAUUUACCAAUAUAAUUUGACCUUUAUAAAUAUUGAAUAACAAAUAUAAAGUUAAUUUAUUAUUUAAUUAAUAGAAAAAAUUGAAGAAAAAUAUGAAAAAAGUAACAAAUUAAUUAAUAAUAAAAGUAAAAGUUGA